AUGAUAGGGUACCAUACUUACAUCUGUUCAUCCCCUAUUCGUCAUCUUCUGCUUUUCCUGAUUGCACUGACAGCUCUUCAAGCUGCAAAUGGAGACGUCAAGAAGGACUUCUAUAUCGUUUUCAUGACGGAUCAUUCGAUAUUGGAUAAAGAAGAAACAGCAGUUCAGCAGACACAUGUUGAUCUUCUCGCAUCCCUUAAAGGAAGUGAAGCUGAUGCUAGAGAGUCCCUGGUUCAUAGUUAUACGAAAAGCUUCAACGCGUUUGCAGCAAAGCUGUCUGAAGAUGAAGUUGGCAAGUUAUCAAGUCUGGAUGGAGUUGGUUCAGUGAUUCCAAAUAGAUAUCACAAGCUGCAUACUACCAAAUCAUGGGAAUUUAUUGGACUGCCUCCAACAGCAAAAAGAAAUUUGCAAGUCGAGAGCAACAUCAUUGUUGGUGUACUAGAUACAGGAAUUACUCCACAGUCACAGAGCUUUAAGGAUCACGGUCUAGGACCCCCACCAGCUAAAUGGAAAGGAACUUGUAAUCAUUUUGCAAAUUUUUCAGGAUGCAACAACAAGCUUAUAGGAGCAAGAUACUUCAAGUUGGACGAUUUUCCAGACCCGGACGACAUUUUAUCACCAUUAGAUGUUGAUGGCCAUGGAACUCAUACAUCAUCCACCUUAGCAGGCAGUCUAGUUCCUAAUGCAAAUGUGUACGGCCUUGCUAAAGGAACCGCCCGCGGGGCAGUCCCAUCUGCUCGAGUGGCAAUGUACAAAGUCUGUUGGGCGAGUACAGGUUGUUCAGACAUGGAUAUUUUAGCUGCAUUUGAUGCAGCCAUAGCUGAUGGCGUGGACAUUAUAUCUAUCUCGAUUGGCGGUUUAUCGGGCAAUUAUACAACUGAUUCUAUAUCAAUGGGAUCAUUUUAUGCGAUGAGGAAAGGGAUCUUGACCGUGGCUUCUGCAGGAAAUGAAGGGCCUAACAUUGGUAGUGUCACAAACCAUGCUCCAUGGGUUUUUACUGUGGCUGCCAGUGGCAUUGAUCGAGGCUUCAGGAGCAAAAUUGCACUUGGAAAUGGACAGACAGUCUCAGGAAUUGGAGUCAAUACCUUUGAACCAACGCAGAAGUCCUAUCCCCUUACCAGUGGGAUGGAUGUAGCAAAAGAUUCUAAGAGAAGGAACCUCUCAAGCCUAUGUAUUGAAGAAUCAAUGGACCCUAAGAAGGUAAAGGGAAAGAUUGUGUAUUGCAAGCUUGCUGUGUGGGGUGUUGAUUCUGUUGUCAAAGCUCUUGGAGGUAUAGGCACCAUUGUUGAAAGCGAUCUAUUUCUGGACACUGCCCAAAUUUUCAUGGCUCCUGCGACCAUGGUGAACUCAAGCAAGGGUAAAAGCAUUACUGCUUAUAUCCACUCAACAAGAUCGCCAAGUGCAGUGAUUUACAGAUCCCAGGAGCUUAAGGUUCAAGCACCAUUUGCUGCUUCAUUUUCAUCCAGAGGUCCAAAUCCUGGAAGCCAACGUCUUCUCAAGCCUGAUAUUUCAGCUCCCGGGAUUGACAUUUUGGCAUCAUACACUCGUCUGAGAUCCCUCACUGGAUUAAAAGGAGACACCCAAUACUCGGAUUUCACAUUCAUGUCUGGAACUUCCAUGUCAUGUCCACAUGUCAGUGGGGCGGCAGCAUAUGUGAAAUCAUUCCAUCCGAAUUGGUCCCCAGCUUCGAUCAAGUCUGCCAUCAUGACCACUGCUACCCCUAUGAGCUCCAAAACAGACAGAGAUGCUGAAUUUGCCCAUGGUGCUGGUCAAGUGAAUCCAGUGAAAGCUCUGAGCCCCGGACUGGUUUACGACAUGGACGAUUUCUCAUACAUUCAGUUCCUCUGUCAUGAAGGCUACAAUGAUUCGUCCUUGGCUAAUUUAGCUGGCCAACAACAAAUAAAUUGUUCCAAAUUGCUUCCUGCAACUGGAGAAGAUGCUAUCAACUAUCCAACAAUGCAGCUCCGUUUGAAAAGCAAUCAAGAGCCAACCACAGGGAUUUUCAGAAGGGUAGUCACCAAUGUCGGUCCUUCUCAGUCUGUGUACAAUGCCACCAUUAAAGCACCAAAAGGAGUGGUGAUUACGGUGAAACCGACAAGUCUGUCUUUCUCCCGUGCAUCACAAAAGAGAAGCUUUAAAGUUGUGGUGAAGGCAAACCCCAUGUCAAGUAAGGAGCUAAUGGUAUCAGGUUCACUCACAUGGAGAAGCCCCGGUCAUACCGUGAGGAGUCCAAUUGUCAUCUUUAAUCCACCGCUGAGACAUUAACAUGAACUAUGUACCCACAAAAUUUCAAGCUAGUCAAAUAGAUAACAUGUUAGAAGAUGAAGAAUGCACGGAAUCAGAAAUAGGAAACUAAUAUCUAUUAUCCAGUGUAAGGAGAAUAAAAUACUUGAGAUGCAUAUUAUUGACCAGUCCUCUAAGAAUUGAAAAAGAGAUGUGUGGUGGCGAAUAUUAAUAAAAACAGUGCCUGAUAACUGAAUUGAUUAA